AUGUGCCGGGCCCCUCGAAAUGCUCUCCAGAUUUCCGGCAGACAGAGUUGGGAUUUCCAUGCUGCAAUCGCACGGAAGUACGGGCCUGUGAUCAAACUACAUUGGCUGUUUGGUACUUCGGCGCUCUAUGUCUUCGACCUGCUGGCGUUGAACCAUAUCAUCAAGGAUCAGGAGAAAUUCGACCAACCUCCCUGGACCCACAACAUGAUGCUCGGUCCGGGGCUUCUCUCGGUCACGGGAGACACGCACAGGAAGCAACGAAAAAUGCUCACCCCAGUAUUCUCUGCCAAACACCUCCGCACUGUGGUACCUAUCUUCUACGAGGUGACCGACAAGCUCAUACAGGCCAUCUCUGCUCGUGUGCCGAUGCAUUCCGAGAGCACAGACAUGGACGUUUUAGGCUGGAUGAGCCGUGCCGCCCUCGAGCUGAUCUGCCGGGGAGGCAUCGGGUACUCGUUCGACCCACUAAUCGAGGACGUUUCGGAUGCAUAUGCAGAGGCUGCAAAAUACUUCGUGGUGACUGCGACGUCUCCGGAAACGAUACUCCUUCGGCAAAUGGCGCCGUUUCUCAAGCAUCUCGGCCCUUCCUGGCUUCUCCACUGGGUUAUGGAGAAGUCCCCCAUGCGUCUUGUUCGGCGCAUCGUCCAGAUCACGCACGUUCUGCACGAGCGCUCCCUCGACAUAUUUCGAGCAAAGAGGGCCGCGAUCGAAGCCGGCGACGAUUCAGACUCGAAGGACAUCUUGAGUAUCAUGCUGAGAGCGAAUAUGGAAGCGUCCGGUGAAGACCGGCUUCCCGAGGACCAGCUCCUUGGCCAGAUGUCGACCAUUAUCUUCGCGGCGAUGGACACCACGUCCAACGCGAUGGCGCGUACGCUGCAGCUGCUCGCAGAGUACCCGCAAGUGCAGACAAAACUGCGGCGCGAGAUCGCCGACGCGAAGGCGGGCGGCAACCAUCUGGAUUACGACCAGCUGCAUGCCCUAUCGUACCUGGACGCUUCACCCGGUAGCCCCCAUGAUUUUCCGACAAGCAUUAGAAGACACCUCGUCAGCAUCCUCGCGUGCAACCGCGACAAGGCACUCUGGGGGCCCGACGCGGACGAGUGGAAGCCCGAGCGGUGGCUCGCGCCCCUGCCCGCGGCAGUGGAGAGCGCGGCAGUUCCUGGGGUCUACUCAAACAUGAUGACGUUCUCUGGGGGUGCGCGGGGAUGCAUCGGCUUCACGUUCUCGCAGCUCGAGAUGAAGGUCGUCCUGUCCGAGAAGCUCGCCCACUUCACAUUCGAGCUCUCCGAAAGACCCGUCGUCUGGAACAUCGCCGGGGUUGCGUAUCCCACCGUGACCGUGGAGAGCACGAAGCAAGAGCUGUGGCUGAGAGUGAGGAAAGUCCGGGAGGAAUAG